GGGUAGUGCUUGUACCGGGGUCUUCGAACAAAUCGUUUUUGCGCGUCCCGAUGCGAGUUCGUCAGUUAACGAAAUUAUUUCUUUGUGUUAUAUCGUGGAGGUGAUUAAGUUGGCUCGGCGAUACUUUCCUGGCGAAGUUGCGUGGCAGAAUGAAAACCGACAAAACGGUCGUGAAGAGGAGAGUGCUUAAUGAAGUCCAACCAACAGCGUACAACCAGCGGCUACUGGUAGGAGCGAGCGGAAUCAUGCGAAUGGACUUGAAAAAGGAAAGUAGCAGCAAAAGGAAACAAGCUUUCGAUGUUGAAAACGAAUCUGAGGUGUCUUCGAAGAAGCUUGCCACCAGGAACGAUGACAGCGUUCCUACAAAAGCUGAGGUGACAGACAGAAACGCGUCCUCGAACGCUUACGACCUCCUAGUCAAAGAUGAGGUUCCCAUUCAGUACUGGAAGGAGCUUGCAGAGCAGAGGCGCAUCGCCCUCGAGAAGGCCUUGCAAGAAAAUGAAGAGCUCCACGAACAGGUCGAACUGCUCACAGAAGAGAACAAGCACCUUCAAACCAUCGCCGAUCAAGCUCUCCCAUUGGCCGAGCUCGUGAAGGAUCUGACUGGAGAAAAUCUGCCUAGAGAGGAUGAAGACGAAUGAAGAUUUGUUCCCUUUUUCAUUGUAAAUAACAUGAAUGGUUUUUUGUGCCGAAUGAUUUCCCAAAUAAAACAUAGUUCAAGUUGCUGGCUGUAAAA